GCAGUUGUCAGGGGAUAUCGGAGAGCUCGCUUCUGAUUGGCUAGAGGGGCCGUGUUGCUAUGGCGACGGUCGGGGGGGUACGGUAGCGUUGCUGUGCGGCGUGAUCUGUGUGCGCGCGGAUGGAGGAAGCAGCUGCUGAUCUUUUGACACAGUAGCUACAGCAGAGAAAAGGCAACUGCAUGAAACACACCGGAGCCGUGGAGUCCGAAACGACCUUAGCAUGCACGAAUACCCUCCAAGUUUAAUGGGUCCGAUAAUCGGGAUGUCUCCAGAUAAGAAAGCAGAGUCUCCAGGAUCUCAGGGUAUGUGUGGAGCAGGAACUCUCCCAGAAGCAGAAAGCGCGUCCAGCCCUCUAGCCACCAGUCUGGACAGGAUCGGUCCCUCCGGCGCAGCCAGCAGGUCCGGGCUCGAACCCGAAGACGACGAGCUGACCAACCUGAACUGGCUCCACGAGAACCUGCUGCAGAACUUCACCCUGGGAGACACGCAGUCAUGCAGCGGGCCUUUGUUUGACAUCGAGGGCAGCAUCGGCUCUCCACUUGGACACAGCCUGUCCUCGUCCUCCUCUUCUUCGGUCUCGUCUGGGAGUUCAGGCAGCGACCGGGAUCCUCUCAAAUCCAAGCCUCCGUUUUCCUUCUCGCUUCUGAUCUACAUGGCUAUCGAACAGUCUCCCAGUAAAUCUCUUCCUGUAAAGGACAUCUACGGCUGGAUCCUGGAACACUUCCCGUACUUCUCCAGCGCUCCCACCGGAUGGAAGAACUCGGUGCGGCACAACCUGUCUCUGAACAAGUGCUUCCGCAAGGUGGAGCGCGGCCUAGGGAAGGCCAAUGGGAAAGGCUCUCUGUGGUGUGUUCACCCUGAGUUUCGGCCCACGCUGAUGCAAGCCCUGAAGAAACAGCACUUCCCAAGUGCACAGGCUUUCUGCACGCCACCUGCCUCUCCUCCCAGUGCCUCGUCUCCUCCUUGUCACCUGUUCUCCUUGGAGCAAGGCUACUCUCUAAAGGAAUGUGAUUUUGACGCUGCCACUGCCAUGAUGCUGUUAAAGUCUGCCUCAGAGCAGAACAUUGACCCAUAUGAGCAAGAGGGGCCGAUCGAUCUUUCCCGAAGAGAUCUGGUGGUGGUAAGCCGGGACCCGAAACAAGAUCACAACUACAGCAGCGUCCCCGUACCUCCGUCUUCUCAGCAGACGACGGGUUCCAGCGUUCCCACGCACGAGCAACAAGAGAGAGCAAACGGUAGCCACCCACUGUUAAAGAGGGUCAGACACGAUGCCAAGCCCGAAGUGGAUGAUGAGCUGAAAGAGGCAGCUGGCUCGCUCCUGCACCUAGCAGGCAUUCGCACCAGUCUCGGCGCCUCAAGACGCAAGAGCAGGAAGCUGGACAGGAAAUGAAGCCCGGCUCUCCGGCCUGCUCUUUCCUUAAUUUCCCUUUACGUCCCUCACUAUGUGACUCCUUCCUGUGGCCUGUCCUGGCCUCUCUCCUCUGGUUGAAGUUAAUUUGUUUGAAAUUAAUACUUUUUUUUUUUUCUUUCUCAAAAAUAUUUCAAUCAUCUCAUCCAACAGGCAAUACUAACACAGACACAGGAGAGAAAAGCCAUACUGAUGCUUUCUUUUGUUGUACAGAAAACAUUAGGAGAAAAGAAAUCGAAUCAUCUACCAACCUACGUUCAUAACUAGAAGAGUUUGUGGGGAGAAAAAGAGUGAACUUUGGGGAAGGGGGGGAAAAAACUCAGAGGAGAUUUGCAUGCUUCCACCUCUUUAAAAAAAAAAACAAACUAAUAAAAAAACACAAAUGUAUAUAUCUCGAGAAUGAAUGCAUGACUUUCACAAGUGGCUUGGGCUUCAGCUUAAUGACGAAAAGCUAGAUAAGAAAAAAAAGAUAUAAAAGUGCCAUUGAUUUUGGAUCAUAAGACUUCAGUUAAGAAAUAUGAUACAAAGAUAAAUGCAAUAAUUAGUUGACCUAAAUACUUGUAGUUAUUUUAUUUUUGUACUGCUGUUUUUUGUAUUUCGUCUCGUAAAGAUGACGUGUCCCCCGGAGCCCCGUGCACUCGUAGCUAUGAUGUCAAAACCAUGUGACUUUCCUCCUCAUCCUGAUUGGAUCCGUGCCCUAACCCCAUCCUCCCUGAGCAGUAUCACUGUAGUGGAGAGAACAGCAUGAAAAGCGGAGCUGCGGCUCUUUGCGUUCACUUCAGUAUUUAUCCGACGAUAAUCUCCGUAGUAAGUGUAGUCCCGUGCCAUUACGUAUCCAGAAUGAAUUCCCACAUACGUUUACAUGUGUUUCUCUUAAGCAUUUAAGCAACUAUAGGACACAAUGCAAUGAGGUGGAUUUAACCAAUAACUUUAUUAUUUUUUUUCUCUUCAGCAGCCCGUGUCUAUAAACGUCACUAUUAUCCAUGUCAAUCCAUGUCUAGCUGUGUGAUUUGAUACGAUUGCUGAGAGAAGUCAGAGGGCAGGGUUUUCAAAAUAAAUCUUCUCAGUGGACAUAAGUAGGAGUUGUAUGCAUGAGCCGUUGUGCUUCAGGCUUGGAUGAAGCACUCCGGCUGCACAGAUGACCUCGAGAGAGUUGCUCUGGCUCGAGAGGAAACUGGAGACAAUGCGGACUCUGGAAGAAAAGCGGCUGUGGGAAGAAAGGGGGGAAGAAAAAAAAAACACUUGCCUUUUUGCAGCUCUGUGAAUGAGGAAGUCAUGGGAACGGACCUACAGGAAGCCGAGCUGAUGAGACAGGAAGCUGAUAUCCUCCGAACCUGCUACUACCAGGACUGGAUUUGGCACGAGUACUGGACUUUUCAGACUCUCUGCCUAAACGCACACUUUGGUUUGUGUUUGUCAGGGGUAUCACCGCUAUCUUUGCAAGCCUCAUCUUUUUUUUUUGUUUCGUUGUUUUGAUUAUUCUUUCGAGUUUUAACUGCCUAAAUACCACUUAUCUCUUUCUAGUGAUAUGAAGCCCUGAUCAGGACCCAUUGUACCCGACAGGCAGGGAACUGCUACAGCAACUAACCCAGCCUGUUUAACCAUGGUGCUACAGAAAUCUAGCACCACGUGAUAGAUUUUGUUAUCAUCCCCCGUGUCCUCGGUGUGUCCUGUGGUACCUGUGAAGCUAUUAAGCGAAUUUCCCAAUGCGAUUAUUUUAACUCUUCCCUAUUUAACUGCAUCACUUUAAUGUUGCAUUGUGAUGUGCUGCCCAAAUACUUUUGCCAAGGCUGCCAGUCAACCCCCCCCCCCCCACCCUCGAUUUGUACAUAGUGAUAAAGCAGGAUGCAAGUAUUACUGGAGGAGGUUUAGAGGAGAGUGACAGGGCUGUAGUGUUAGUUUUAAAUGAUGAAAAAAACAGUCACCUUCUCCUCCCAAAAACAGGAAUAUUGACUUCUGAAUAUCUGACCUCUCUCUCUGUGAUACAGCAUAGUGAUCAUUGUUUUAUUAUUAUUAUUAUUAUUAUUAUUAUUAUUAUUAUUAUUAUUAUUAUGCUCCACUAAUUCUGAGCUGCCAAUCAGUUUGCUUGCAUUUGUCUGCCAUGUCUGUCUGACAGACUUUCAUCUUUUGGUUUUGUAAGCUAACCUCUGUUAAUAAAAUGUUUAUAAAGUUUAUUUUUGCCAAAGAUAUGCAAUCGUUGCAUUAUAUAUGGUAUUAAAAUAAAAAAAGGGUUUCUUUUA